AUGACCAUCAAAACUACUUCAUCAACUGUUCAGAAUUUAUUUUACCGUGCCAUAACACCUGCGCGACACACAAGCACUGCACGCUAUGUGAGAAGGCACUUUAAGGAGGCGCAUCUGGGUAGAGUUGUUGUUGUAGAUGACCAGUCGUGUUUUCCCUGCAAACUGUCUCAUGACGAAAAUGGUUGUGGACGAGCUCACUACCACUGCUCAAAAUGUCAAAAGAGAGUAAUAAAUCGCAACAGAUUUGCCAAACACCUUGAAAGUCAUUUGAAAUCCGAAAUUAGUGACGUGGAAAUGACGCCCAUAAGCCCAAAGCUUUUGGAAGAGGAAGAUACCACGUUUCAUACAGAGCCAGUCAACGAGCCAAAACCCAAGAGGCAAAAAUCAGAAAGGAAAGAGUGUCCAAUAUGCAAAAAGGUAAUGGAUGUCCGAAGUCUACUGAGGCAUCAAAGGGACAUUCACAAAGAAAUAGUUCCAACUAAUGUUUGUGUUGAUGAGACGAAGGGGUUAUAUAUGGUUCGCAAGAGUUCUCAUGGAGGCGUAGCUUAUCCAGUUCACGGUCAGAAAUGUGUUCGGCCUCUAAGUGAUGUGAACGGUAAACAAACCCCAUUUUGUGAAAACAAUAGUUGCAGAGUUUAUAUGGAGGUUGCGUGGAGAAGUGGAAUGAAUGCCGUCGAGUGUCAGCACAUUAGGGAAGUGGGUGUGAAUACAGCAUAUAAGGAAGAGGUUCAUCUUCGGGAAAGUGACCUUAACGACCUUUCGCAGGAAGGAACAUUCAAAAUUUUAAAACAAGAACGAAUUAAACAAUGCAUUUCACUAUACGAAGCGGCAUCGUCAAAUAAUGCAGUAUUAAUUGUAAGUUUUGAAGAUGGUGAAAGAUAUAUACACUUUUCUGUAUACGAUGGUGCCGUUCACUACUAUUCUAAAUUGGGAAGGGUUAUCGUAACCUGCGAUCUAAAGAAUGGGUAUCUGGUUUGUGGAUGUUGUCGUAAACGUGGUUGCACACAUAAGGCUAUCUGUUUGUGGUAUUUGCGCGGUAUCGACAAGUUGGAGCAGUUCCGUGGUGUUGUUAAAGACGAUGAUGAUGAGUUAGGAGUUCCAAAGCACGAACAACCGUCGGAUGUAGACAAAAUUUGUGAGCAAAGUAAACUUUUUUAUCCUCCCGCUGACGAAGAUACUGUUGCAAACAUGUGCAAAUACCUAAAAGAUCAUAAGAAAAUCCCCCUGUCGGCUAAUCGUGAUAAGUCAAAAGCCAUUCCUCGGAGAUACACACCCGUGGAAAAGGAAUGUCCGUUUUGUAAUAUUCGUCUAAGCAAGCCUAUACGAAUUACCACAAAGGCCACUGUAGUAACAAUGGAUUCAAUUAGCAAACGUAGAAACUUAUUUCUCUAA